AUGAAAAGAUUUCAUUCACAUUUUAAUGGAUAUUCGGUAGAGUUUUCACCAUUUGAAGAACAAAGAUUGGCAUGUGUAACGUCACAACAUUUUGGUAUUAUUGGUAAUGGUAGACAAUAUAUAUUAGAUGUAUUAGAUAGAGAUAUUGGUGCAUUUAAAACAUUUGAUACAAGAGAUGGUUUAUAUGAUUGUACAUGGAGUGAAGAAAAUGAAUGUCAUGUUGCAUCUUCAUCUGGUGAUGGUUCUAUAAAAAUUUGGGAUACUCAAGCGCCAAGUGGUGGUAGACCAAUUAAAAGUUUUGAAGAACAUACAAAAGAAGUUUAUAGUGUAGAUUGGAAUUUAGUUACAAAAGAUACAUUUAUUACAGGUUCAUGGGAUCAAAGUAUAAAAAUAUGGAAUCCAAGGAUGGAUAGAUCAUUAAAAACAUUUAGAGAACAUAGAUAUUGUAUAUAUAGUGCAAUUUGGUCACCAAGAAAUGCUCAUUUAUUUGCAUCCGUUAGUGGUGAUAGAACUUUAAAAAUAUGGGAUAGCAGAGAUAAUAGAUCAUUAAAUACAAUUAAAGCACAUGAUCAUGAAAUUUUGACAUGCGAUUGGAAUAAAUAUAAUGAUAAGGAGGUUGUUACAGGUUCAGUUGAUAAAACUAUUAGAAUUUGGGAUAUCAGAUAUCCAGAUAGACCAACAACCAUUUUAAGAGGUCAUACUUAUGCAGUUAGAAGAAUUAAAUGUUCACCACAUUCCGAAUCAAUGCUUGCUUCUUGUUCAUAUGAUAUGUCAGUUAUUGUAUGGGAUAGAGCAAGAGAACAAGAUCCAAUUAUAGCAAGAAUGGAUCAUCAUACAGAAUUUGUUGUUGGUUUAGAUUGGAAUAUGUUUAUCGAUGGUCAAAUGGCAUCUUGUUCAUGGGAUGAACAAGUAUGUGUUUGGAAUCUUGGUAGACCAGGCCAAUUUAGAUAG